UGACAAGAUUCUUAACCUUAACCACCUUAACCUUAACCUGAUUCUUAAUUCUUGCAGUUUCUGUGGAUUUCAGACGCAUCGUUGUUUUCGGAUCGUUUUCUUGGUGCGAUUUCUAUUGUGACUUCAAAACGAUAAAAUGAGCUUCGGUUUGCCGUCAAUUAUACCCAAGCCUGCCGUACCCGAGCAAUUCAACGUUAAAAGUGGAACCAACUAUGACCUACCCAAUCCUAUGGUGUCAGGUCUGUCAGCAGUCAGACAGAGCAUUGGUUAUGCACAUCCCUUGGAAGCUUCAGAGAGAAAUUAUCAAAAGAAUCAAGAUCGCAUGAAUAUGAUAUUGCUCAGGAAUACGCAAGGACUACACGCACCGUUGCGCAUAGCGAUGGAAUUAAAAGCUACUGAGAAGAUUGGAAGACUUCCAUUUUUACCAUCGUCUAAUGUGAUGCGAGAUAUUUUGCUUGGACAGGAUCAAGAUAUAGGAUUUGAAGAUAUCUUUAAUACGCCCGAAUUCAGGGAACAAAUGGGACAGCCACAUGCAGUCGUAGAAAAUCACCUCGGAGUAUUGUAAAGUUGAAGGUUGCAAAAAUUUGGUCGUGAUAAAAAAUGAAAACUUUAUAUGGACUUAAUAAUAACUAUUACUAAAUUAAUUCUGUAUAAUUCUUAUAAGUUAAAUGUAUUACACUUUUUCUUUCUGGUGGUAUUUUAAAAAUAAAUGUCGAUAGUGAAAAAAUGA